CGACUGUAUUGAGCGGUUCAAUGGUUGCCAACAAAAUAUGUUUUGUUUUUAUGGUUUAAAAAGUUUUUUGUCAUUAAAACUAUGGUUUCGUUCACUGAAUGGCAAUUGAAAUGAUUUAAUGAAUGAAUCAAUUAAUUAGUGAUUUAUUUCAUAGUUUAGUCCAAACUCGUGGUUAGUCUUCGGCAGCCGAUAGUGAGUCGACCGCCAAAUGAGUGGCCAAAAUAACGAGACAAUUGUCUUACACCUGAUUGUCGUCGGCUUUCAUCACAAGAAGGGAUGUCUCGUGGAGUACUGUUACCCACCGUUUGAUACCAACGCCGGUACCGAUGAUAAUACCGGUGUUGACAACCACUCAACGCCAUCCGACGUGACCUCUGGUGACAUUGAAGACAACAGCGCGAAGACAUCGGCCACAGACACGACAACACCCGCGGAACCACUGGUUGGUGAUCAACGGCCACAACCGCCGGUCGACACAAUAGUAUUGCCAGAGAUAUGGAAGACGUUGCCAUCGCUGGCGCUUCCGGACGGCUCACACAAUCACGAGAGAGACGGCAUAUAUUUUCAUUUGCCGGACCUCUUGGACCACAACCGGACCGUCUUCGGCGUCUCCUGCUAUCGACAGAUCAACGCAAACAAACUGAAGGCCAAGACGUCGGACGUGACGCGAGGAACGGUGCAGAAGUCGGUGGUAGUGCUGUCACGGCUGCCGCUGUACGGCCUCAUCGAAGCCAAGCUCGAGAUGAUAACUCACGCCUACUUUCGGGAACUGGACUUCAGUAAAGUGUCACUUCUGGAGGAGACGUACCAUAACCUGAACGCACAGCUCUCGCCACAACUCAUGACAUCGCCGGAGCUGUACGUAGGGCUGGCCACCAGACAACUGGUCGUCGACUUUCACCACAAGAUACUGGUUCUGUUCAAACUGUUACUUCUGGAGCGCAAAGUGCUGUUUUACAAGUCACCCGUCAAACCCCUGUGCGUGUCUAUACUGUCGCUGUGUUCGCUAAUGCCGGGCCUCAUCCGCCGCGGGCUCAGCCACUGUUCGGUCUCCGUUCACACCAAACACAGCCGCCAGUACUCGGCCGACGUCGAGCUCAGUCCACUCAAAGAGACCGACGAGUUCUUCGUGUUGGGCGCCGGCAAUCAGAGAUCUACAGCCGAUACCACCGCCUGUGAUGGAGUCGAUGGCGAUUCUGGCGACAGCGCUGACCCUUUUGUCGACAACACAGCGGCCGAUACUGUGGACAAAGCGUGCGCUCCGACGCCUACCGACACAACUCUAAUCACCGAAAGUCAUAAAAUUGUCACAAAAGACGAGUCCGACGACGACUUACUCUACGAAAGGGACGAAGUGUUGAGCGCCCGCUCAUCGAACCGAUCGUCAAACCGGUCGUCAACCAAGUCGUCGACUAAGUCAUCGCCGGUCAAAGAGCACCGGGAAGUGACGGCACAGCGAUCGCAGUCUGUAUUCUACGACACAGAGCCCGAGCCGACAACAGCGGGCGACGAAGUGGCGGCCGACGGGCGGACACAGUCGUCGACGACGACGACUACCGAACGCAUUGAAACGCCGCCAAUACUUAAACUGUUGGACGAAGACUGCGGCCUACCGUUGGAGAUAUUCAGCUGCGGUGCGUAUCUGCAGCCCUACCUCUCGCUCACGUAUUUGGAUGUGUUGACUGAUGUGAGGGUCAGGAGCUGUUUAGUGGGCGCCACCAACUUUCUCUUCAAACAGAAAAAGGAUAUUUUUGAUGUUAUCGUCGAAUUAGAUGCGGGCAAAGUAGACAUAUUGGACGCCGAACUCCGCAAACAGUUGGCGCUGACGACCGAAGACUUACGGUUCGCCGAAUAUCUGACCAAAACAGUGCUCACCGACGGAGAGAACGGCGAUAUCUUUGUGGACGGCACGGGUUGGGAGGGCAGCGAUGAAUGGGUCAGAUAUCAGUUCAAAGUUUACUUAUUACACCUCUUGAGGUCAUCCGAAAUGGACGAGAACUCCAAAGAUUAUCAAUCAUUUAAUACACAUUUCGUGAACGCCUGGCGGACGACACAUAACUAUAAGAUGUGGAGCUCUGUAUCGCAUCCGUCGGUGUUUGAGGUCACGUGCGGUCACCCUUUCGGCGGACAAUUGAGUAUCAGUGAUAUGAAGCUCAAGAUAUCUCAGUAUGUAUUGAGUUAA